GCUGGGCUGCACUGAAAGCUGAAUGCAGUUGCACUGCCUGCGAAUGCCAAGUAAAACUGCAAUUUGCAAUAUACUUUGCGGUUGCCGUGUUGUGUAGUCUGAAAUUCUGAGUUUUCAGCGAGUUUUAUUAAAAUAAGAUUUGCAUUUGCGUAUAAAAUACAGCAGGUGCAAAAAAAAAACGAAUAUUCUAUUCUUAUGAGACACUGUUGAUAAAUAUACUGUUUCAAAUCUGGAUGAAAAUACAAUGAUUGCGGCCUCCGAACCUUUGGAGUUUGUGCCACAUGGAAGAAUAAUAGCCGCAAAGCACCCCACUAAGUUUUAUAGCAAGGGUCACAACAACUCGCUGUCUGAGAACUCUUUGCUGUUCAAGUUGACCAACUUUGCCAUCAAAGAUGAGAGCUUGUUGGGAAAUAAGGAAGUAGAGGAGCAAGAGUGGUGGUGCGUCAGGGAGGUCUACUAUAGAUCUACUGAAGAUGUCGAUGAUGACCCUCCUCAAUUGCCUAAAGAAAACAAGUAUGAUUAUGGGUCAGAAUCCUUUCGACCACCGAGCCGCCUUAAGAACGACUUCAACAUAUCCAUAAAAUCGGAACUCAUUGGUGGGAUGAAGAGGAUGGAAACAGAUUGCCUAAACUCUGCCGGACCGUCUCGUGCGGGCAGUGCUAACAGUUCUAGCAAUAUGUCCAAAAAAUUUAACUUAAACUGCAGUCAGACUAAAAGUGUGAAGAAACCCCUUAAUUUUAAAACUGACUGCUCUUAUGAAGAGGAGUUAUAUGUAAAAGGAUGUACUGCAAUUUGGUCUAAAGGUCUUAUUUCAACACCAGGAACUAAAUUGUCUGGUCCAGAAAAUAGAGAAACCAUUUGCUGCUAUACUCUAGAAAAUCCUAUUAAACAUGCACACUUUUGCAAUUUCCAUGUAGACAUAAACAAUACAAUGCUUAUUGAUGCUCUAAACUCACAGAUAGGAGAUGUUAAGAAGAAUAUAAAAAUUGAGGAUACAACAGAGUAUGUUGGUAAAAAAGUUAUGCCGUCAAUUUUACUGAUGGAUAACAAAAAUAUGCGCGUCUUUGCAAUGGAUGGCAGGGAAUACAUAAAUAGCAUCCCAUUUCAAGUCAAAAGAGUGUGGCCCAUGAAAUAUGGAAUUUUAUUGGAAAAAGAAGCAACACCUUUGAUGCAAAAUUCUCUUUUGGUGAACUCAUUCUUGAAACUCAAUGAAUCUCACAACAGCUCUUUUUCAAAAUCCAGAUCGAAUUUUCCAUUCAACAUGAGUGCUAAAUUACGUGCUGAAUCUAUUUCAGGCUUUGAACAGGACAUUCCUUUGCCUACCUGCUUUUCCCUCUCACAUCCUUUAGAUGAGGUAACACCUAUAUUAAUGAAGUCUCCCGCUCAGGGAUUACAGUACUACAAUGAUGGGGAUUUACAAAUUAUAUUUGUCAGCACAAACCCAAGUAUUAUUCUUUUGUAUGACUGGAAAUUGGCCACUCAUUCCCUUUGGAAAAUCCGCAAGGCUAUUCGUGAUGAAUGUUUGGCGAUGUGUCCUAAUGUUAACUCCACAACAGCUGCUUUUAGUCAAUCUUGUGAUUUUGUUGGCAGUCCAAUGCAUAGCAAUGUUGGGAGAAAUGCAACCAGUUGGGCGACGGGUAUGGGCAGUCCAUACCAGUCAAAAAGAGGUCCUUUAACUCCCACUCAGUCAAGAUCAAGGUUAAACAGUCCCAUGGCUAACAUAUUCCAUCAACAAGGCUUAUCUCCUCAUACUUCUAUUGGACAAGCAUCAUCAAUAUCUAUGAUGGCAAAUACUGCAAUGCAAACACCACCAACACUGCCUUUGUACCCUGAUAUAUGUUUAGAUCAUAUUUGGACCGACAUUCAGCAGAUACGAAGAGACCCAAUAGAUAGCCCGUCAGAACUGAAGACAUUUUUGCAUACAGAUUUGGUUGGGCAUGAUUAUUUAUGUUUUAUUGUAAAAGUAAGUGGUCUGAGUAGACUACAGAUUGUUAGGCUACAAAAGUCACAUUCUCAUGGACAAUCGUCAAAGAGUAAUCUAAUGGUUGGGUCUGUUUCCUCUGUUCUUGCUAAGGAUGCAGUUGUUUUAGAGCAUUUGAAAAUGAUGGCACUGAUUGAUGAAGCUGGGAAUAUUAUUUUGCAAUCAGGAAAUAAUGUGGUUGGCAAGGUGCACGUCGGCGGUGUAUUGGCCCGUCUCAUCGACUCUCCGUACACCAAACGCAACACGUUCCAGUCGCCGUUCCCUCGCCGCAGCAGUUUACUACCGAGCCGAAACGACACGACCUUUGACGAUUCAGCAUUGCAUCUGUUGUCGCCUGUACCGCACUCUUCUGCGUCCAGAUUAGAACAGAAAGAGACUUUAGGUCUACGUGGGUUGUGUGACGCAGUAGGCUCUCGGCUGACGUUGCAGUUCGAUUCCGGCGUGAUGUAUCGGAUCUCUCUGCCUGCUUUAUCGUGCUCCACACUAGUAACAAAAUGCUGUGACGCCCUCAAAGCUAUUCUGCCUAAGGAUAUAUCAACCCAGGUUAUAAUAAGAUGGUACGGUGUUCGCAACGUGCCAGGUACACAGAACCUAACACCCGAACAGGAAUGGCAUAUGUUCUCGAACCUUCUAUUUUCUCUCAUCGGUUACGACGUCGAAAGACUUGCCCAGACCAAACAGGCAGACGACCAAGUAGAACACACAGAAGUUGUGACAAAGAAACAGAGAACUUCAAGCGAUGGCACUCAAGAUGACUGGGAAUAUUUGCUGAAUUCUAAAAUGCACAAAACCAUCGGAAACUCACUAGCCAGCGUGCUCCAUCUAAAUCCAAUAUCUAGCUCAGAUAAACAAAGUUCUAGUAGCAAACCGGACUGUGUAGAAAUGGAAAAACACGGUCAAUUCAACACAAAUUGCUUGCUAUUCCCGUACACUAUUCAAGUUUUAUACGCGUUCCAUUUAGUUUACGAAGAAAUCAAGCUUAAUACACUACUUGGAAUGGAUUUGAAGCCUCUGUCGGCAUUUUUGUAUCAAAUAUCGAAGGAUUUGAAGUUCGAUAGCUAUGUGAAUCAUUAUUGGCUAGAUUUUCCCACAGAUUACAACUUGGAUUACGAUGAAACUGAUUCACAGAUGUCAGAGAACGUUUUGAAGAAGCUCUGUCAACCUUCAUACUUCAGUAUUGAUCCACCGAAUAUAUUCGGAUACAUUAAUUCCAUGUUGAAAGAUGUUGAUGUUGGAUACUAUCCUUAUUUGUUUGAUGUUAAUAAUAUGUCGAGAGAUAUUAUUGAGGUGCUAACUAUGGUGGAAUGCGGGCGCAGCGCCGGCGUGCAGACCAUAACGAGUAGGGACACAAUGUGCGCCAGUUCGACUCCACGCUCGCGGCACAGCAACAGUCUGUAUUCAUCGCCGCACUAUCAGGCUGUCUGCAUUCUGCAGGAAAGGGGCAUGAAUCCAAGAGACGUGGACAACCUUCCACCAGCAAUAGGACUGCUUCUCCUCACAAUAUUCACCCGCUGCAAGGCCGAACCUCCUGUCGAUUGGCCGGUGGAAGCUUACAACCUGGUCAUGCGAGAGGACUUAUCUCUACAGGCUGAGAUUGCUGAGACCAUCAAAAACACCUCAGAGUAUAUGGAGACGUUAGCCCUUGGAGUAUUAGAGAAAGAGACAGCAUACACGUUAGUGGGUCAAGUCAAGGAAGAGCAGACGAACCAGAACAAAUCCGAAGACAAUGACGCAAUGACUGGAAUGGAACACCUGAACUCUAAACUGCUCACUCUGCUGUAUCCUAACGAUCACAGGAUGGCAGAAGUAUUCAAUCUACUGCAGUCGUCAAUACCAGUGACAAUAAAUCUGACCCAACGGCCAGAAGUGUCUGAUCACGACUUCAUAGAAGAGCAGGAGAAAUAUUUGUACGCCAUCAGCACUAGGACUAUGGCAUUACCUGUUGCGAGGGGAAUGUUAACACUGCGCAGUAUGCCUUGCGCCCCAACAGAGCCACUGAACCUCCCCAAACUAUGCGUGUCGGGUCGCGGCCCCCCCCCUCGAUGUAACACCAUCAAUUUAGGAGGCGCGGACGCGUCCCCGCAGUGCCUGUUGUGGCCCACCUUCCAUAACGGGGUGGCUGCUGGGUUGUCUUUGGUGCCUAUGACCGGAUCAAGCAUAGAUUCUAGCUGGAUCAUCUACAAUAAGCCUAGGGGCACUGCCGAGAUGUCAACAGAACACGCAGGGUUCCUGAUGGCCCUCGGCCUGAACGGGCACUUGCGGGACAUGCCCUUCAUGAACAUGUACGAGUACCUCGUCAAGUGCCACGAGAUGAUCAGCGUUGGACUUCUCCUGGGACUUGCGGCUACCUACAGAGGCACGAUGGAUGUCCAAGCUACAAAGAUGAUGAGUAUCCACUUGGAACCUCUGCUCCCGCCCACAUCAAUAGAACUAGACAUACAACAGAACAUUCUUGUAGCAGCAUUACUUGGAGUGGGACUUAUAUACCAGGACACGGGACACACGCAUUAUGCACAAGUGCUGCUUAAUGAAAUCGGCAAACCGCCCGGACCUGAGAUGGAAAAUUGCGUAGAACGGGAAGGUUACGCGCUAGCAGCCGGUCUGGCACUUGGGUUUGUGUGCGUCCGGUCCGGACACACGGUGCCGGACCACAUUGCUCAGAGGCUAAGGACUUACAUGCUAGGGGGAGAUAAACAUCCGCUCACUGGUUCCCAGAAAGAGAAAUACAAGCAGGGCUCGUUCGCGAUCCGCGAGGGCGCCACCGUGAACCUGGACGUGACGUCACCAGGCGCCACGCUGGCGCUGGGGCUGGUGUUCCUGCGCUCACGCAGCGCCGCGCUCGCCGCCUGGCUGGCGCCCCCCGCCACUCCCUACCAGCUCGACUUCGUGCGCCCCGACCUCCUCAUGCUGAGGGUCAUCGCCAGAGGUCUCGUGCUAUGGGAUACUAUCGAAGCCAGCGAGGAGUGGAUAGAAGACCAAGUACCGGCGACCAUCAAGCCAUACUGUUUCGUAAAACCCACCGAUGAUAGCAUAGACUACGAGGCUAUGAACCAAGCGUACUGCAACAUAAUAGCGGGUGCUAGUUUCGCCAUGGGCAUGCGCUUCGCGGGCUCCGGCGACGAGGACGCGCGCGACGCAGUUCUCCACUACGCCAAGUUCUUCCUCACGGUGGGCGCGAAGAGUUACGCGGAGUUGGCCGGCCGGUCUACGCUGGAGGCGUGUCUGUGUGUCUGUCUGCUUGCUGCUGGCAUGAUAAUGGCAGGUCGCGGCGACAUUGCAGUAUUGCGUCUGUGUCGGCGACUUCGCGCGCGUGUACCAGCAGCACCGGUGUCACCUAGUGUCCCCGCACUUACCCACGGUGGCCAGAUGGCAGUCCAUUGCACCAUUGGCUUAUUAUUCUUGGGAGGAGGCCGGGCUACAUUGAGCACGACGCCUACUGCUAUAGCAGCGUUAUUGGCUGCGUUUUUCCCCAAGUUCCCCACGCAUAGCGAAGAUAAUAGGUAUCAUUUACAAGCAUUUAGACAUCUAUAUGUGUUGGCUGUGGAGGCGAGGCUCAUACUACCGAGGGAUUUGUCAACGGGGAAACUUUGCUACGCCCAUAUACAGGUUAUAGAUUUAUCAGGCGCUGUGAAAGAGAUGAAAGCGCCCUGUAUAAUACCAGAGCUGGAAACAUUGAAGGAGGUGAAAGUGAACGACCCGCGGUACUGGCCUAUCACCUUCCAGAGGGGCCGGAACUGGGAUUUGUUGAAAGUAUUCCUAGACUACACGUGGUGCGUAGACAUCAAGCAGCGCGCCGGCUGCUUGUCCUACCUGGACGACCCUCACGGCUUCCUCACCAUACUAGCUCAGACGCUGACCUUGGACAAGUCCAACAUUUGGUCAUCGACACCCGAAAACAUUGACCUGUUCACCAAUGACGAACAGAUACGGAGCUUCGUCAAGAAUUAUCUGAUGAAGGAUAAGGAGAAGGCGAAUAUUUGCGGCGAUUGUCUGGUGGUGAAAAAGAGGAAGGGAGUGAAGAAUGAGCCGUUUAUGUCUCAGCAGUGCGUGUGUCGACGGUACAGCCGCCAGCAGAGCGACCUGGCGCAGACGCUCAGCAUGGUCACCUACGAGUGUUUGGUCAAGGAUAUGUUGUGCGCGCUGCCCAUUUGGACUACGUUUUUGAGGAUAGUGAACACAAUGAAGACCAACCCGACGUCGUACCAAAUAUGGCAGAUCAAACUCCUGCUCUCUCACGUUGAGAAUCUAAACAGACGAGCGAUGAACGAAAUGAAAGUCGACGGUCAAGAAGCUGCCAACGAACCCCUCAUCUCUACAGAAUUCAUAUUCGCCAUCAAACAAAAAGUUUCAAGCAUAUUCGAUAGCUGGGAGGUCAAAAUUGUCCCCUAUCUAAGAAAAUACCUAGGGCUACCGAGCAGCAGAAAAAUCAGUUCGUGCGAAGAAGAAAUCAAAAGGAUUUUAUGUGCGUUUUUAGUGUUUUACGAUUUACCUAAAGGUGUGUUAAGAAAUCUCGUGGGUGAAAACGAUUUGGAAGUGAUUUUGGGGUUGGAAGAGCUGAAUUUGUCGGCGGAAGCUGUGAGUAAAAUAGAGACUCUGCUUAGAUGAUUAAGGUCUUUGUCUCGCGGAUACGUGACACGAUCGAGGUGUCGCGUGGACUGCGUGCACGACUGGUGCUAAAUUAAUAGCUACCGUCAUUUUUAGCAGAAUUAAUAGUACAGUUCGUUACGCAUAAGCUGAGCUCAUUAGUGUGAAUUGAAGCUGUUACUUUUGUAUUUCAAUAUUGGUCAACAUUUUAGCAGUAUUUUAGUAUUUUAUUCGUCGUUUAAAAUGGGAGGUUUGACUUCCUUAUAUAUAUUUGGCACUUGCAUCGAUCACACAAAUGUAAAAUCGAGUUUAUGGUAUGCGAACUGAACUUAGUAGAUAGUGGAAUUUCCCGCCAACUCAUAAACGCUUAUUAUGAAGUUUACUAAUGCUUAACUGUUGAACAACUUUAUUAUAUUUAAGAUGUGUGGCGGGCACAACAUACACACAUCGUAUACAUUACUUGUAGAUAGCAUAAUUGAAUUCCAAUUGUGUAGCAACUAUGGAUGUUGAAAAUUAUAUAAAUUUAAUAGAAUUCGAAAUUUUAAUAUGACUUGUACGUCUAUAAUGGAUACAAAUGACAAAAAGUAUUACCAGUGUCUCCAAAAGGGUUAAAAAUAGUAUAAAUAUACUAUCAGUUCGAUUAAUCCUAAAAAUUUUUUAAAUUUAAUAUAUUCCUGAAGUGCAAUGCAAAUGCUUUGAUUGCACCCCAUGUAUAAAGUGACCUAUAUAAUAUAGAUUUUUCCAAUAUGAAAUAUGUAUACUAACUCAUUGUAUGUACUCCGAUUGUUUAGGUAUUUUACAAAUUCUAAAUUACAAUAAUGUGCUAAUAU